GGACGGUCGAGCCACGCCCAACUAUGUACUUAUAUGCAGUGCAUGUGGGAGGGGACGGAUACACCCAUCUACAGUAGCUAGCUAGCGAGCCAAGUAUUAGCUAUAGCUUUUUAAAUCUACCGUAGACUAACUAGCAAGGUUUAAGAUGUCAACCUAUGUGCCUGUUCUGCUGAACAUUAUUUGAGACUCAUCGUGCAUUUCUAAUAGAUCACAUCUGUAGCCCACAGCUGUGGCCAUGUAUAGUUACAUAUUUCCUUGGUUGUCCAAGGAAAUAUGCAGGCCACACAUAGUGAUACAGUUACUUCCAUCGAGGCAGCAGCCAAGGCAUAAUCCGAUUGGCACUGGACUCACCCAGCUAAUUUGGUGGGUUGGGCUGUAAAAUGACCUUUUGAACCACAAAUGCAUUAAUUAGAGCACAUCAUCACAAAGCUGUUGUGUAUAAACUCAAAGAAGUUCGAAAGAGUCACUACUUGUACUCUACUCUAAGCUAGCUUACAGUAAAACCUUUCGCGAUGUCUGCAACCUCAUCUACCCCUCUGGAUCCGGAUGUGGAUAGAUCUAUAGAUGUGUUUGCAAGAAAUGAAGCUACUACAAAUUGUACUCGUGUAUCGGAACAGGGUUCAGUAGAUUCAAGUCGCAGAAACACUGUCAUCACUCAUGAGCUGCCUGACACUAAUGAGGUCAUGGUGAAGAAAUUUGAGAAUGCAGUAUCAAACCGUAUUGAGGAUCAGCUGGUAGAUAUCGAGCUGGAGACAUCCCUAGAGAAGAGAGCCGACAAUGUUCCAGGUGUUGAGGAUGUUCAGUCAUCAUUGCCAUUACCACAGCCAUCUCAAGAAAGCAACUCAAAGCCACAAGUCAAAAAGAUUGACCGCCAAAGUUUUCCCCUGCAAAAACAUGCUACAUCAGGAGGCCCUGGCGAACGUGUUGUAAGAAGAGGCAGCAAGCAAGAAUCUUUCAAGAAUGUUUCUGCUUUGUCUUGCGAGGAUGAUAUAGAUGUGGAGAAUUAUCAUGAUGAGUACAAUUAUCAAGACGAGUGCAGGCACCUUCGUCAACAGUUAGAAAGAGCAGAAAAAAAUCUUGGAGAAAAACUAGAAUAUAAUAAAAUCCAACUGGACGAGCUGUACAAGCAGAAACUUAUGAUGGAGAUUGAAAAUCGUAGCCGUGAGACGGAUAUGGAACAGAAGAUUCAAAGUUUGACAGCUACAAAUGAACAGCUUGAUGUGAAAUUGAAGUUAUCAAAUGAUGAACGUGAAAAGGAAAAGGAAACCCUCACAAACAAGCUGGAGCAAAGAAACAAUGAAAAGGUGACACUUCGAGCACGCUGCAAUGAAUUUAUGAAUGAAGUCGAUAAAGAGAUAUUAAAACGCCUCGAAUUAGCUGAACUUUUGAGAUCAGUUACAGCAGAUUUAAUAUCAGCUAAAAGAAACUGGAACGUUUUUAGCAUAAUUGUGACUACCUUUUUUAUACUGUCUUUUAUUUCAUUUGUAUUGGAUUAUUAUGGUUGAAUGACAUUUUGUACAGCUAUCAAAGCUUCAGAACACUUAUUAUGAUGGCACAGUGAUUAAGCAAGUGUGAUCCAAGCUUAACAACUGGUUUCCAAUAGUUGUUACAUUGGAAUGUUUUCCACAAAUGCAGGAGAAUCAUAGUUACUAUAAUUCUCAAUGCUUCCUGAUACCAAUAGCAAUUAGAAUUGACUAACCACAGUACACUUCUUUGCAAAAGAGAAGCUGACAGAAUAAAAGAAUAUUCGUGAGGGACGCUCAUUAAUUAUUCAUGAGAUAAAUGUUUUUAUUUAUUCCGUGGCCAUUGAAGAGUUUGUAUGAAUACAGGCAAUGAUAAUGUUCAUAUUCAAGCUAAAACUGUCUGUCUUUCCUUUGUAUACUACACGAAGAGUACAGGAUAGCCAUCAGAGAUCUGUGGUGGACACUAGCUUAUUUCUGCGUCAGUUUUCUAGAGCUACAGAGGCCGGCAUGGAGUGACAUACAAGAUCUAUACUUACCUUAGAGCCAGAUGUUUAGAUAUUCUUUAUUGUAAUACUUAUUCUGUCAUAUCUGCUCUUUUGUACUAUCAAUACGCAAAAAAUAAGCCAAAAAUAAACAGUAAAGUGAGCGCUGCAGCUCCGGAGUCUUGAUUCUCUAUGACAUUUUUACAUCUGGCCCUGCCCCAUACCUCGUUAUAAUUAUUAGAUCAUGCUUAAAUAGGACAUGAUUAUCAGCUAAGAAAACUGACGUAGAAGUUUUGUAGCUAGCUUUACCAAAAUUGCUGUACAGAGGCUGAGCGGGAACGCCCACUUUUCUUGCGUGGGCGAAACACUAAGAUUUUUUGAUGUGAUUUAUUUGUCCCUUACG